CCUUCCAGACAAUGAGAAAAUAGCGCUGGAUUAAUUAUUAACUGCUUUUCACGCAGACCGAGGGCCGAUCAACACCACGCACACAGGUAGACGGCUCAGAUAUACCGUAGGCACAAACUGAUCCAUGAUGGCCCAUACACCGGUUGCAUCGUAUAAUUCCGUUUCUUCCCUGCUUAUCUAAAAUACUAAAACCCCACCGCACCUAUUCUCCUCACUUUCCACUCACAGCUCUCUCGACUCUUGCUCUUCAACUCCACUUUUGCUCUCUCUCUCUCUCACUCUUACAAACAAGAAAUGGCUAAGAUUAAGAUCGGGAUCAAUGGUUUUGGUAGAAUUGGCCGUCUGGUUGCCAGGGUUGCUCUUCAAAGAGAUGAUGUUGAGCUUGUUGCUGUCAACGAUCCGUUCAUCACCGUUGACUACAUGACCUAUAUGUUCAAGUAUGACAGUGUGCACGGUCAAUGGAAGCACCAUGAGCUCAAGGUUAAGGAUGAGAAAACCCUUCUCUUUGGUGAAAAGCCUGUGACUGUUUUUGGCUUUAGAAAUCCUGAAGAGAUUCCAUGGGCUUCGACUGGGGCUGAGUACAUUGUGGAGUCAACUGGUGUUUUCACUGACCAGGAUAAGGCAGCAGCCCAUCUGAAGGGUGGUGCAAAGAAGGUCAUUAUUUCUGCUCCGAGUAAAGAUGCACCCAUGUUUGUCGUUGGUGUUAAUGAGAAGUCAUACACACCAGAUCUCAACAUUGUUUCUAAUGCUAGCUGCACCACAAACUGCCUCGCCCCCUUGGCGAAGGUCAUUAAUGAUAGGUUUGGUAUUGUUGAAGGUCUUAUGACAACCGUUCAUUCUAUCACUGCCACACAAAAGACUGUUGAUGGACCAUCUGCCAAGGACUGGAGGGGUGGAAGAGCUGCAUCAUUCAAUAUUAUCCCAAGUAGCACUGGAGCAGCUAAGGCUGUCGGCAAAGUUCUCCCUGCUUUGAAUGGAAAGUUGACUGGAAUGGCCUUCCGUGUCCCAACAGUUGAUGUUUCUGUGGUUGAUCUCACAGUGAGGUUAGAGAAGGAAGCUACUUAUGAAGAAAUCAAAGCAGCAAUCAAGGAGGAGUCUGAGGGGAAGAUGAAGGGAAUUCUAGGCUACACUGAGGAUGAUGUGGUAUCUACUGAUUUUGUAGGCGACAACAGGUCAAGCAUUUUUGAUGCCAAGGCUGGAAUUGCUUUGAGUAAGAACUUUGUCAAGCUUGUUUCGUGGUAUGACAAUGAAUGGGGUUACAGCACCCGUGUGGUUGAUCUGAUCAAGCACAUUGCCUCCACUCAGUAAGUUGCUAUAUAGGAUAGCUUGCUGCAUUCAUCUAGGGUUCAACAUCUGUUAUGGUGUUUUGGCGGAAUUUGAGUUGGAAUAAAUUGUUGUCAGUUUGAGACUAAAUACUAGAUGGAUGGCUUGUUGUAGCAGAUACGCGUAUUCUGGUAGAUCUGUGGGAUCCGUAUUUUGAAGAAUUUUGUGUUGAAUGGUGAAUGUUAGAAUAUCUUCUGUGUA